AUGCCAGUCUACAUGCUCCACGGAUUCCGCUGGCCACGCGCAGGCUUUACCGGAAUCCGGGUGUACAUCGUGCUGCACAAUCUCGAAGAAGCAGCCGCCGAGUACAUCCAACAACCCCUCACAACCGAGCUCCUCUCCGAAUCCUUCCACAAAACGCAAGCCGACCUCGUCCCGCGCCUGCCCGAGCUCUCCUUCAUCGAGCAGUACGAUCCGGCUGACGAAACGAGCGGCACUGUCAGCCAGGACUACGCUUAUGUCGCGGCGCGGGUGAUGGAGAUCCCGGACGGAGGGGACGGCCGCGGUGGUGGCGGCGGCGGCGGCCAGAAUAUCGAGGAUGUCGUCGAGCAGGGGUCUGGGUUGACGGAAGAUCAGACCAAGGCGCUGGAGGAGCUGCGGGAUCGGCUUGCGCCUGGUGAGAAGAUCGGCUGGUAUCUUGUUUACAAUGGGGAUCCGGAUCGGUGGUACCCUGAGUCAGAGACAGAGUCGGAGUUCGAGUACGAGAGCGAGGUCGAGUCCAGGCAGAGUCAGAGUCAGAGUCAGCGCCAGAGUCAGAGCCAGCCUCAGAGUCGAAGCCAGCGCCAGAGUCAGCGCCAGAGUCAAAUUCAGGAACAGGUUAAAGAGGAGAGCUACAUGGAGCCUGCUAGUCCUCGGAGUUAUACGGUGACAUCCUGGCUUUCGUUCAAGAUGGUCCUUUCAUUUAUCCUGGUUCAAAAUCGCCAGGGGAAAACGCGGCUGGCGAAGUGGUACUCCCCGUACAGUGAUGAAGAAAAAGUGAAGCUGAAAGGCGAGGUCCAUCGCCUUGUCGCCCCUCGUGAUCAAAAAUACCAGUCGAAUUUCGUCGAGUUCCGCCGCAGUACAAAGGUUGUGUACCGACGAUAUGCCGGGUUAUUCUUCUGUGUCUGUGUCGAUGCAAAUGACAAUGAGCUUGCAUACCUCGAGGCCAUCCAUUUCUUCGUCGAAGUGUUGGAUCAAUUCUUCGGAAACGUGUGCGAGCUAGAUUUGGUCUUCAAUUUCUACAAGGUCUACGCGAUCCUGGACGAAGUCUUUCUCGCAGGCGAGAUUCAAGAGACAAGCAAGCAGGUUGUUCUCACGAGAUUGGAGCACCUGGACAAGCUGGAAUAG